CUUUCCACGGGACUCCCAGGCUACGCUGCCGAUCUACAGUUUGCUGAAGGAGCAAAGAAACAUCCUCCUCGGCUCUAAGUGGGGCUUUUAGUGUGCUCAUUGAUGAGUGAAAGUCGCCACACAUGUCAAGCUCAAGGCAGUUGUUGGGUUACUAACGGGACCCGGCGCCUUGCAAACAUAUGCGCGAAGUUGUGUAUGCAGAUGGCAGGCGGAAUAACGGAGCGGGCGCCUCGUAUAAAGCCCUCGCCGCUUGUGCCGCCUGUCUCCAGAACCUGGGAGAGGAAACUAUUCAGCCUCGCGGCCAGGGAGCGCGCCUGCGAUUGUUUGUGACCGUUUUAAUCCUAUUAAUUAAAACGUUAACCUGAUUGGGUAGCGAGCGCCGUCCCAACAGGCGAGUCUUCCUCCUCAUCAUAACCUACUCAGAGAGAUAAUGAUGUAAAAGACUCUCCCCCGUCUGUGGCGGCGGCUGGCUGGCUGGCUGGCUGGCGGAUGGGUCCGGAAAUCUCUUGAAGGUGAAUCCAAGCAAGAUAAACGGUGCGGAGCGGAGCGCGGGGCUGCGCUCAGAGCGGCGGCGGCGGCGGCGGCUCCGCUCCCCGCGCGCCCACCCUCCCACCAUGCGGGGCCGCGGCCCAUGGUGAGCCCCAGCAGCCCGCACCCUCGGCUGGAGACGACGAAGAAGAAGAGGAGGAGGAGGAGGAAGCGAGCGCGGGGGAAGACGAAGAAGAAAAAGAAGGGGAGAGGGGCUGCCAGCGGCACCGGGACCCACGAGAGCAUCAGCCCCAGAGGAGCCCGGCUCGGGCGCAUCCUCCGCGCCGCCUGACUCCCGAGCGGAGGCGGCGGCGGCGCCGGACCAUGGACCGCGGGCUGCACCUCGGCGCGGCCGCCGCGGGCGAGGACGACCUCUUCCUGCACAAGAGCCUGUCCGCCUCCGGGGCCAAGCGCUUGGAGGCGCCUUUCCGCUCCGCGCCCCCGGGCAUGGACCUGUCCCUGGCGCCGCCGCCGCAGCCUCGGGAGCGCCCGGCGCCCUCCUCCUCCUCGUCGCCCCCCCUGGGCUGCUUCGAGCCGGCUGAUCCCGAGGGCGCGGGGCUGCUGUUGCCGCCGCCGGGGGGAGGCGGUGGUGGCGGCGGGGGGGUGGGCGUCCCCGGGCUGCUGGUGGGCUCCGCCGGGGUUGGGGGCGACCCGAGACUGAGCAGCCUGCCGGCGGGGGCCGCCCUGAGCCUCAAAUACGGCGAGAGCGCGAGCCGGGGCUCGGUGGCCGCCGAGAGCAGUGGCGGCGAGCAGAGCCCCGACGACGACAGCGACGGCCGCUGCGAGCUGAUGCUGCGGGCCGGGGGCGUGGACCCGCGGGCCUCCCCGGGCGCCGGGGGCGGCGGCGGCGGCAGCACCAAGGCGGCGGAGGGCUGCUCCAACGCCCACCUCCACGGCGGCGCCAGCGGUCCCCCGGGGGGUCCCGGUGGAGCCAUCGGCGGGGGUAGCAGCAGCGCCGGCGGUGGCGGUGGCAGCAGCAGCAGCAGCAAGAAAUCCAAAGAGCAAAAGGCGCUGCGGCUCAACAUCAACGCCCGGGAGCGCCGGCGGAUGCACGACCUGAACGACGCGCUGGACGAGCUGCGCGCGGUCAUCCCCUACGCGCACAGCCCCUCGGUGCGCAAGCUCUCCAAGAUCGCCACGCUGCUGCUCGCCAAGAACUACAUCCUCAUGCAGGCGCAGGCCCUGGAGGAGAUGCGGCGCCUGGUCGCCUACCUCAACCAGGGCCAGGCCAUCUCGGCCGCCUCGCUGCCCAGCUCGGCGGCGGCGGCGGCGGCGGCGGCGGCCCUGCACCCGGCGCUGGGCGCCUACGAGCAGGCGGCCGGCUACCCGUUCAGCGCCGGGCUGCCCCCGGCUGCCUCCUGCCCCGAGAAGUGCGCCCUGUUCAACAGCGUCUCCUCCAGCCUCUGCAAACAGUGCACGGAGAAGCCUUAAACAUCCCCCCGCCCCCCCCCCCCCCCUGAGAAACAUCAGACCGACCCAAAAGCUAGAGGAAAGGGAAGAGCUGCCCCCCACCCCCUGCGUGUUGGCCCUCCGGUAGUUGGGACACAUUUGCAGAGCAAACAAAGCAGAGGCGAGAACUGGGAGAGGAGAUGUGUCAGAGACAAGCAGGACUUGAGCCUUGACAUCCCCAGAUUCUGGGUCUUCGGAGUGGGAGGGCGGGAGGAAGGAGGAGGAGUUGAGCUAAAGUAUGGAUGUCUUUUUUUUUCUUUUCUUUUUAAUCUCAAAAAAAGUGGCGACUUUGGUGGCAGCCCAGGACGCCAGGAAGCAGUGUUCCUUUAAGGUUAAAAAAUAAGUUUGAAAAGUAGUCGCUUGGUGAUAAAGUGUGGAGAGUUAUUCAUACUAAUCAUACUAAUCAUUGUGCAUUUGGCUAGUGCUGACUGGGAGAGGAGUCUGGGGUUGGGCGGCUUGUAAGACGGACUAUUCAUUCAGACAAGUCAGAAAGGGCACUUGGAAAUACAUUUUGACUCUGAGCCAGGAGAAAAACAAUGAAAGGUAGAUUUAUUUAAGUGUAAAGAAGAAAGCGAGAGACACGUUGCUAUGAAAGACUUGUAUUUUUUAUUGUCUCUGAACUAUGGAAACGCUGGAAAGUUUUUGGCAAGAAUGAUAUUAAAAAAAAGCUGUGGCUGAAAGAAUUGCAUUUAAAAAUAUUUAUGUGCACCUUGUUCCUUUCUACUCUGCAAUGAUGUAUUAACCACUCAUGGUAUUUAUUUGUUAUUCUUCAGUGACCCACAUCAACAGUAUUUAUCAUGUGUUAAGGUCCUGGGUCUUACUUAUGUGCAGAUUUUUUUAAUGCCUCUAAAAUUGUUUUAUAGAUUAACUUAUACUGUGUGCCAAGUGUUUAAAAGGUUUAUUUGCCAACAAGUAUGAAGAGACCUAUUGAUGUAUCUGAGCUGCUUAGGUUUAUCAAAGGUCACCUGGAUUUUUUCAGUUGCAUCAUCCCUGUAUUUAAAUUGAGCUUUAAUAAAUUGCUUCAGUCCAAAAAUUACAGGAAAGGUGUAUUCUUAAUUGAUGAAUGAAUUGAUCUCUUUUUUUGAAAGGGGACUCCUUUGCAUUCUUAAAGGGAAAAACAUCACAGCAGUAGAACCUGAGUAAGACCAUGCUAAGCAAAUUUUUUUUUCCAGACUGUGCUGUGCAUUUUUAAAAGCUCUUAAUUUAAUUGCUUUUAAUAUAUAUGUACAUAUAUAAGUUAUUUUACUUGUGGAGAAUUAUUUAAGUUAAAAGACUGGUUUGAUUUGCCUAUGGUGUGAAAUCCUUUGUUAUUUUUCUAAAAAAAACAUAAAAUAAAAUUUAAAAACAAAGCUAAGGAAGAGCAAGAAGCUAUUUACCCAAAGUGAGCUUUCAGUUUUAGUUUGCAUGGCUGCUUGCCUGCCUUUCUAUCCUACAAAAAUCAAGAAAUCCUUUUUUUUUUUUUUUUUUAAAGAAAAAGAAAUGGAGUCCUGUUAUUUUCCACUUCUUGCAGAUAAUACAGGUUUGUCAGGUUGGAUGGCGAGCUGGGAGCUGUGAUGGAUCUACUGGUGGGUUUUGGAUGUAUAAAGAAUGAUAUAUAUUCAAUAGGUCAAUCAGACUGUGACAGCUAUGUACAACCAUUUGUAUGUGUAUCUAUGUCAGAAAGAAUCUUUAUUAAAAUAUUUUGAUCAAA